AUGUCAGAUAUAGAUAAUAAUAAAGUAAAUACAAAUUGUAAUACAGAUAAUGAUACAAAUGAUAUAGGUAGUCAAGAUCAAAAAAAUGAUAAUCAAAAUAAAGAUAAUGAUAAUAAAAAUACAAGUAAAGAUGAAAAGAAAGAGAUAAUCAAAGAGAAAAAGAUAUAUAAAGCAAAUAAAGAGGAUAUAGAGAAAGCAAACAAUUUGAAAGCACAAGGAAAUAUGUUGUAUGGUGCAACUGAAUAUAAAGAAGCGAUCGAUAUCUAUACAAAAGCAAUAGAGUUGCUAACAAAACCAAAGAAGAUUGUAGAGAUUGUCGAUGAUCAAGAUGAAGAUCAUCAAGAGAGUCGUUCGCUUUGCAAUGAAGAGGUAGCAGUCUACCAUUGCAAUAGGGCGGCAUCACAUCUGGCUUUAAAACAAUAUGAUUUGGUUGUGUCGGACUGCAGCGAAUCACUCGAGUUACAACCUAGCAAUACCAUACAAAUGAAGUCGAGACACCGUCGUGCACAAGCAUACGAAGCAACAGAGAAACUGACGGAUGCACUCAGCGACUACAAAGCAUGCUUGGAGAUCGACCCACGAUUCCAACCCGCUCUACAGGCAGCACAACGUCUACCACCCAUAAUCAAAGCCAAAGAGGAUCGUGAACGUGAAGAGAUGAUGUCGAAACUAAAAGAUCUUGGUAAUACUUUUCUUGGUAAAUUUGGAUUGAGCACAGAUAACUUUCAAUUCAUUAAAGAUCCAAACUCUGGUGGAUAUUCUGUAAAUUUCAAAAAAUAA